AUGCUUCAACGAUACAUCCACAAAGCAGCUACACCCGCAUCUCUACGAAGAAGUAAAUUUGCUUCUUCGUACAUCUUUGCAUCGAUCUUGCUGUUGUUUUUAUUAAAUCUGCUUUGCUUUUCUAAGCUCCAAACAACAACCACACGUCCGUCACAUCAAAAUGAAGUAUUAUUUGUUUAUGCAGCUGAAGAAUCUCAAUCUUCAUUGCUGAAUCCAAUAUCCAAUUGGAUGAUUGACAGUAGUAAUCGUGCAGCACUUUCAGCAGAGAAUUCGAUCAUUGAUAAACUGUUAAAAGAAAUGAAAAGGUUAAUGAGAGAAUUCAAAGAGGAUAUUGCCUCAGUCAUGAAGGAUGAAAUUGUGCAAGCUAUUUUGCAAGUUAUGCAUGAUCGAAGAGAGAUCGAACAAAUGACAGGAACCAUUGUGAGUUCACUGACUCUGGAAGCUUGCUCCAAUAAUUUGACUAAACUUAUUAACACUCUUCCAUUCGGUGAAUUAUUGUACAAUGGUAUGCAUGAAUCCAAAUACCCUCGAAAAAUUGUUAAAAAAGUAGUGACUGAUUUAACAGAUCAAGAAGUUGUGGAUCAAAUGAAAAAUGCAUUCCAAGCUAAUUUUGACAUUCAAGGAAUUGUCUCUGAUUUUAUCAAUGCAACACUCACACAAUUAUCUCAAGAUUCAGAGAGAGAUCAAAUUACUCAACUUGCAAAAGCAUACUUGUUAGAAACAUUUUUGAAUGGAUGGGUUAUGGCUUUGAUGAUUUCAUUGGUGUUGUCCAUCAUGAUUAUUCCUUCACUUCUCAUGUUCAUUAUUUUACAGAAUAUUGUUCCAUUUAGGAAAAUUUUGUGUUGUAAAAAGAACAAGUCUUCAAUCGAGUCUUCCUCAAUCCAAAGUGAAGAUGAUUCAUCCAUUGUUGAAAAUUAUCCAGCAAGAGGCACAAGUCGAAAGCGUGCAGUGAUCGAGGUGGGAUCUGGUGAUUCUUCGAGUCCAACCCAACACGAAGAGAAGCAGCACUUGUUAACUGUCAAUACAGUUCAAUAA